AUGGAGCAACAAAACGAACUCAAUGAAGCAUAUGGUGCAAACUGUUAUAAUAGUGGUUGGGAUGAUUUCGGAAAGGGAAAACACCAUCAUAGCGGGCAAACGGUAGCAGAUGUCGUUAGGUGCAGAGUUAUGAGUGUUGCAUGGGUCUUCGCAAAUGGGUGGGGAACUACUGGGAGCGCUAACACGGACGGGGUCCAAAUCACGCAGGAAGAACGGAAUAUGUUCAGGUGUGAAGUAGCAAAUAUAUUUGGACAUCUACUGAAGGCAAAGUAUUGUCCACGGCAACGCGGAUUUAAGAGGGGUGUAGAGUAUUCUCGCAUAGCAUUCCAGAAAAUGAACAGCGCGACAACAGGUGGAUUUGGAGACCUCACGGGUCCUGUUAUCGACGGCAGGUGCACAGCAUGUGGGUACGGCGAGUAUCAAAGGUGGGCAAACGCGAUAAAUUUGAAAGUAGUAGAGUGGCUCAUGGAGCACGCACACAUAAAUGAAGAAAUAAAAAGAAUGGAAGAGGCCAUGCCAUGUACCACACAAUGGACACAUUACAUUAAGCAGCUGGACCCCGAGCACAACCCUAUUAAGGGCGGGGACAGAGACUGGACCAGUAUCAAAGCCCGUUUGAGCGCCGCAGGGAACACGACGUUAGAGACAGCAGAGAAGGACAUGGAGGGAGAAGUGAAAAAGAUAAUUGAGAAGGUGAAGGACGCCAAAGACCAAAUACUGCAGAAAGCAAAGGAGGCGUUUCAGGAAGUGCAGAAGAACGCGAACACGGACGGCACCGACACGACACCGGGGACGGACCAGGACAAAAAGAAAGAAGACAGCAGUAACGGGCAGGUAGUAACGACGACACCAGAAGCUCCACCAGCUCAGGUACCAGAAGUUCCAAAGGACGUUGUUCCUGAGAAGACAGCACCGACGAAAGGGUAUGUGGCAGAUGGAGUGGCCAGGUCCGGUGAUGCCGCACCGGCACCCGAAUCACAACCCCCACCUGCGGCACCACCACCACAGGCACCUGUAGAGGCCAACACGGCAGGAACAAAGGGACCAGAUCAAUCGACAGAACAAACAUCCGGCAACACAGCAACUACACCGGGUGUCAGUCCUAAACCGAGCACUGAAACUUCAGGUAAGGAAGAUCGGACCAGUACGAAUAGUACCGGUUCACAUGAUGAUGAUGAACCCGUCAACGUUAUUGCAAUAGGGGCAACGCGCCAAAUAGAGGUAGUCACUGGCAAUACAUCCUCCUACCAGACUCCUACCCCUGAAGAUAUUGAGGAGCUUGAGAGCAGAUACAAAAAUUAUAAUUCUCCUGUCCCUGAGCCAGGUACAGAGCAGUAUAAGAAUAAUGAUCCUCCCGCCGGUAGUGAUUCCUCGGAAAAAACACAGAGCACAGACUCCAAGGAAACAACAUCGGGGAAGGAGCCAGUAGCAUCACCAGCAGAACCAACAACAACCACAACAACCACAACAACAGGAACAGAAACAAUAUCAAAAGGAACACGAGGGGACGGUAGAACGCCUGACCAGAAGGAUGCCGUGGUCGGUGACGGCAACGAUGACCCCCCUCCUCUCAAUCCACCCAAACCCGGCACCGCAGCCACAAAUCCUGAUCAAGGAGAUACUACUGGAAUACUCGGAAACCCCAGGGCAGAUUACUGUGGCUUUGGUUUAUUCGAUACUGCUGACAACACAUGCCCUAAGUUGUCCGGCUCCUCCUCCCCUGCUGCUGCUACAGACAAACAGGAUGCUGCUCCUCGUACUUCUGUAACUGACACUCAGGUUCCCGUAUCCUCUAAGCAGGAUCCAUCAUCCACCACGGGGAUGAAUACUGCCUUGGAACUGGACCCUGCCAUAAAUGUAAUCGGUGCAGGGGGACACUUUGGACCAGGUCCCACACCAGGUCCAAAGGGGCAAUCUCCGCACAAUGUGGAACACGAUGGCCCCUUCUUCCCUGACCUAACCGACACGGUCCUUACCGCCACUACUCCCGCCCUUUUUUUUCUCGCUUCCGUCAUCGUGGCCCUUCUUGGUUAUUCCCUUUGGAAGUAUUUUGCGCACCUCGCCAAACGACGACGAACAUAUCGAACCGUUCGUGACGUGCCGUCACCGCCACUCGACGCAGAAAUUCUAGAGCAUCUACAACGCGGCGACCUACCGCCACCCGCUUACUGGUACACCAUGGUUCGGGAUAGGCAGCCCGGCAGAUUGCCCGGCGCACGACGACGGCAAGCACGCGUGAAUCGCCGCACGAUCAUCGAGCUACAUCUACAAGUGCUCCACGAAUGUGAAGCGACCGAAUGGAAAAGCGUCAAAGACGACUAUUUGCACAUACUCGUGCAGGAGUUUGCGCAGGACUUGAUGCGGGACCCGAUUAUGUGCAGUAGCAUCUUGGAUGCUCCUAGCACAAACCAGGGUUUAUCAGGGAUAAAUGGUUCAUCCACCGUGGAUCCACCCAUUGACUCCGACGGCAUAGAUCCAUGUCGACCUAACGAAGAUAACCCCGAUCCAUGGAGUUGUAUGGAAACCAUAGAGUUCGCAACGGACACUUCUGCAUCUAACGACCCCGAUCCAUGGCGUUGUAUGGAAACCAUACACGUCGAAACACAAAACAGUCGUCCUUCCGACCACGGGGCCGCGCCGUCGUACUGCACCCAAUGGAUUAACUGGAUUGAGCGCAACAAGCAUCUAUUGCAGGAGUGCACGACGCAGCCGUGGUUUAAUGCCCUCAAAUUGGAAUGGAAACAAUACGUGCGCGAGCACAUGGCGGCCGACGAAGACAACGGGCAGCGUGAAUUCGGUGAAGCAGCCACCCCGCCCAUGAACACACUGCGAUUGUGGAAAGAAUGGGUAGCGCAACAACAUCGGCAAAUGCGUAUGUAUACGGAGGAGUUGUGCCAACAUUUGUUGAAUAAUGUAGAGGAGGAGACAGCCUCGCACAAACGCGAAGUACAACGAGUAGCAAAACACUUAGAAGUGGAAAACGUAAUGGCAGCAGAACACGUGCUCAGAGUGACAGAUGCACCGCGCUCGCAACUGCAUCGGCAAAGCUACAUGCAAAAACCGUUAACCGCUCAAACAUGGAUACUGAUCCUGGCAUUAGUCAUAGAACAGUGCGAGCUUGAAAGCCGUCUGAAGGAGAACGAGUUAUAUGUGGAUGAACUAUUGCAGCAACUGUGA